AUGAGCAGCAAAGCACCGGCAGCCGAGGAGACCAAGAACUCGGCAAUUGAAAUUGACAACGAGGUUUGGGAGGAUUUUCGGCUAUCCUUGUGGGUGAGAAGGCUUGACUUGCGCAUCCUGACUCACAUUGACCCGUUUUUGGGGCAUCCUUUUGACCUGGCCAAGACGCGGCUACAGGCUGCGGCUCUUGGCGCAUAUACUGGUGCAAUUGAUGUUGUCAGGAAAACGUUAUCUCGAGAUGGUGUCACUGGUGUGUAUCGUGGAAUGGUACCUCCACUCCUGGGUGUCACUCCAAUCUUCGCAGUGUCCUUCUGGGCGUGUGAUGCAUCCAAGAGUUUGAUACUCGCACUCGCACCCAAGCGUACAUCCGAAAAACUUUCUACGGCAGAACUUGCCGCUGCCGGUUUCAUGUCUGCCGUACCAAUGGCACUCAUCACUGCACCUGUUGAGCGAGCGAAGGUUCUGCUGCAGUUGCAAGGUCGAGGAGGUUCAGAACCCCAAUACAAAGGUGUCUUUGAUGUUAUGAAGCACCUUUACAGGGAGGGUGGUAUACGGAGCAUCUUCCGAGAACUGGUACAACUAUCGCUCGUGACGGACCAGGUAGUGCCGUGCCCUGAUGCCGCUGGAUCAUCAGCAGGAGACCUCAACCUAGGCGCCAUCAUGUUUGCAGUCGGAACUGCAGGUGUCGCAAUGUGGUCAAUAGCUAUACCCCCAGAUGUUUUGAAAUCUCGCAUGCAAUCUGCACCUUCUGGCACAUAUUCGCAACUGCCGGUGUUGCAGGAGGCGCCGGCUCCUCCUCGACCAACGGGCCGGCGUCUGGAGCCGGAUCUUCUAGACUGGGAGUUAACAUCAUCUCACCUUGAAUUGGUGAAGGGUGGUGCUGCAUAUGCAUCUCGAAUAUGUACGCUGUGCAUAGCACGUAGCAGCACUCCCAAGCAAAGUACCACCAGUAGUGACCAGUGA